AUGGACACCGUCGUUCCGAUUCCGUGCUCGGCCACCAUCGAAAGUGGAACGGCGAAUGCGGGAUACUUCACUCCGAAAGGAUAUUUGAACCAGUCUAUUGUCAAAGAGUGAGUGCUCCCCAAACAAGAUCAACUUCUUAACAUCUUCUGAACUCCAGAGCAGAAGCUGUUCGCGAGAAGAGAGUGGAAAGCCCCCGUUACUCGACGACGUCCUCCGAUUACCAGGUGCCGGUGUCUCCCUCCUCGAGAUUCCCUUCGUCUUCUCCGCUCAUCGUCAUCAGGUACGACCGUCUGAGUCAUCGCUUAUUGUUUCUGACUGUGAUUGAUAUAGAUUACUGUAUUUGGAAGUUAAUUUCCGCUUUAUUGAGAGUGAUUCUUGUUUUCAGUCCGCCGAAAGACGACGCCGCGCCGAUCACAGUGCUCCCGACGGCAGUCCGUCAGAUGCCGGACACCCACCGCCGUUCCCUGACAGUCGCCAUCAUCGCCGCCCUCCUCGUCUUCCUCGCCGUCGUCUUCAUGCUUCUUCUCGUGCUCAACGCUUAG